AUGACCGAUCCCAAGACCCUGCUGACGACGCAGGCCGAGCUCGUGGAGGCGCAGGCGCUGCUGGCGGCGUACGAGAAAGGGGACGCGAAGAACGCCAGCGACGCGGAGCUUUGGGAGGCAAAGCGCAUCGUCAGCGCGAUCAUCCACCCGACCACGGGGGAGCAGAUGUUCAUCGGAGGUCGCAUGAGCGCGUUUGUGCCCGCCAACGCCAUUCCGACCGCCGGCAUGCUGCUGGCAAGUUCGCCGUCGCAAAUCGUAUUCUGGCAGUGGAUCAACCAGUCUGUCAACGUGAUGGUCAACUACGUCAACCGAUCCGGCGCCUCGGUCGACUGGUCGCAGGUCGGCCAGGCAUACGCGCUCGCCGUCGGCGUCUCGUGCUCAAUCGCGGUCGGCGCGCGCAAGCUGGUCGAGAACGGUCCGCCAUGGAUCAAGCGGCUCGGCAUCGCCGUGCCGUACGUGGCCGUGGUCAGUGCGGGCGCAGCGAACGUCGGGUUCACGCGGCUGCCCGAGAUGCAGGGCGGCGUGCCGAUUACAGCGCCGGACGGCACGCCGCUCGGCGUGAGCAAGGCGGCAGCUCAGUCCGCAGUCAUUAACACAGUCCUGAGCCGCAACCUGCUGCUGCCGAUCGCACCGAUGCUGCUGCCGCCCAUCGCGAAUGGGAUCCUCAAGUCGGUGGUGCCGCUCGGCUUCUACGCGUCCGCCGUCGCCGAGUUUGUCUUCGUCUGCUGCUCCAUCUACGGCGCGCUGCCCAUGGCGAUCGCGGUCUUUCCACAGGAGAUGAAAAUCGACGUCGGGGUGCUCGAGCCCGAGUUCCAGGGGCUCAAGGGUAAAGACGGCAAGCCGAUCGCGUACGUCCUCUGCAACAAGGGCCUGUAG